GGACAAUAGUUAGUGGUGCACACUUCCUUCGCCCAGCCACAGACCAACAAAAAAAGUCCCAUUUAAGAGUUGCUGGUGUAACAAUAGGAAGAAUAUAUUCCACUCCUCUCUUCUACACGCGGCUUAUGAGGGCCCUCUGGCACCUCAUGGGGGACCUGUAAAAUCUGUGCCUCUGAAGACCUCACUGUUGGCUUUGUACGCUCAUGUUUAUUCUCAACUAGUCAAAGUUGAUUCUUUUUUUUUUUUUUUAUAAAUGUGAAAGCAAAAGUGAGUCCACAAAUAACCGAAUGACGUCUGUGAAAAAUAUUGUCCACCUGAGAGACGGGAGGGGUCCUCCAGUAUGGAGCAGAAGAGGUCACAGCACCUCUAUGUGAAAGAAGAGGAGCCAAAGCCCCCCCACUUUAAAGAUGAAGAAAAACAGGGACCGUCCCCCCACUUCAUAGAGGAAGACAAGAGACACCUUAUCAGUGUGAAGAGUGAAGCCUGCAAACGGGUCAACGUGAAUGACUGCUCACUGACUGCUCUUGUUGCAAAAAAGCUAAGUAUCGUUCUAUCUGUGUGCUUUUAACUGUUUUGCAGCUUUAUCUACAACUUCUCGAACAUAUUUAAUAGUUCAAUUUAACUUGCAAAUCACCCGACCCGAUCUCUGUCUCACCACUCCACCCUCAGCUAGCGGAGAAAGGCCGCGCCGGUCUGAAGGAAGCUACUCCUCCGCCACUGUGACCACCACUUCCCGAAGACAGCUGGCACUCCACUCGGCGACGGAAAGUUUCUGUGAGUAUGGCUUCCUGCGCUUCGUGCACUUUACUCAUGGAUAGGUUGGCUUUGCUAGAGAGCCGUGUCCGCCAGUUAGAGCAGUGUAAUUUCGUAACUUUAGAUGUUGCGGACACAUCUGCUAGCGUUAGCUGUAGCAAGCUAACUAGCCCAGCUUCUAGCAGCCCUAAGCGGCCUACAAGCUACGGUGUACCGGUUGAGACGCAUAACAGAUUUAGCCCUUUAGCUAGUCCUACACCCUAGUCUACCGGGCACCACACUUUAAUCAUAGGGGACUCCAUCACCCGAAACAUAAAGUUUAGCAAACCAGCCACAAUUAAGUGUAUUCCCGGGGGCAGAGCACCUGACAUUAAAGCUAAUCUUAGGGAGCUAACUCGCAACAGGCCUAGUAAACACGUACGACAGGCUAACCGCACCACUAGUUAUGCGAAUAUAGUAAUACACGUUGGCUCCAAUGACGUUAGGAUGAGACAAUCAGAGAUUACAAAGAGAAACAUAGCCAGGGCUUGUAAUCUCGCUAGAAAGAUGUCCAGGCAUCGAGUAAUUGUCUCUGGCCCCCUGCCUGGGAGAGGCAAUGAUGAGAGAUAUAGCAGAUUAGUCUCUCUUAACAAGUGGCUGGAUAGCUUCUGUAGACAACAGGGAUUUACGUUUAUUGAUAAUUGGCCCUCUUUCUGGGGCAAACCUGGCUUGCUGAGGAGAGACGGCCUUCACCCUAACCAGGAAGCCGCUAUCCUCUUGUCUCGGAACAUAGAUUUCGCAUUGAGCCACAUUUGACUAACUGCACUAGAGCAAGCCCGGUCACAGGCAAUUACAGAGCCUGCUAGCCUGGGUAUGGAGUCAGUUAAGUUAGAACUAGCCAGCGCCAGGCUGGAUAAUCCCUGUACACAUAGCAAUUUUCUGAGAAUAAUACACAACUCACAUAAUGGUUUUUCUGCUAUGACUAUGACUACGUCAGACUUAGACAUGCGUUCUACUGAGGUGGCAAAUUAUGAUGCGUUCAGUUUAUCACAGCACCAAGUAGACAAUCUGAAAAUUCCCGUCAUAUCAAUUCCUAGAUAUGGUCAUAAUUAUUUUAAGUGCACUGCGCAUAAUAAACGCAACAUUAUUAAUAUUGCUACUACGGAUAAUUUUAUCAACAACUCCUUAAAACAGCCCACUGCCUAUAGUAUGGGCUUUCUAAACAUCAGAUCUUUGUCUCCCAAAACGUUAUUAGUUAAUGAGGUCAUUAGAGACAACAACCUUAACGUCAUCGGUCUUAGCAAAACCUGGCUUAAACCAGACGACUUUUUUGCGAUAAAUGAGGCAUCUCCUCCUAACUAUACGAAUGCGCAUAUUGCCCGUCCCCUUAAAAGGGGAUGGGGGGUCGCACUAACAUACAACGAAAACUUUAACUUUAGUCCUAAUUUAAAUAAUAAAUAUAAAUUGUUUGAGGUGCUUUCUAUGAAGUCUGCCACACCGCUGCCUCUAUACCUGGCUGUUAUCUACCGCCCCCCAGGGCCCUAUUCGGAUUUUAUCAGUGAAUUCUCAGAGUUUGUUGCUGAUCUAGUGACGCACGCCGAUAAUAUAAUUAUAAUGGGGGACUUUAAUAUCCAUAUGAAUACCCCAUUGGACCCACCGUGCGUGGCGCUCCAGACUAUAAUUGAUAGCUGUGGUCUUACACAAAUAAUAAAUGAACCGACGCAUCGCAGCGGUAAUACGAUAGACCUAGUGCUUGUCAGAGGUAUCACCGUUUCCAAAGUUAUGAUACUCCCGUAUACUAAAGUAAUGUCCGAUCAUUACCUUAUAAAAUUCGAAAUUCAGACUCAUGUUCGGCAAGCUAAUAAUAAUAAUAACUACUAUAGCAGCGGCAACAUUAAUGCUGCCACGACGACUCUUGCUGGCCUACUGCCCUCGGUAAUGGCACCAUUUCCAAAGUAUGUGGGCUCUAUUGAUAACCUCACUAACAACUUUAACAACGCCCUGCGCGAAACCAUUGAUAGUAUAGCACCGCUGAAGUUAAAAAAGGCUCCAAAAAGGCCUACGCCAUGGUUUACUGUAGAAACUAGAGCUCAGAAAUUAUCAUGUAGAAAGCUGGAACGCAAAUGGUGCACGACUAAACUUGAGUUGCACCAUCAAGCAUGGAGUGAUAGUUUAAUAACUUAUAAACGCAUGUUUACCUUAGCUAAAACUAAUUAUUACUCAAAUCUCAUCCGCCUUAAUAAAAACGAUCCAAAAUUUUUGUUUAGUACAGUAGCAUCGCUAACCCAACAAAGGACUCCUUCCUGUAGCUCCACCCAUUCGGCAGAUGACUUUAUGAAGUUCUUUAAUAAGAAAAUUUAACUUAUUAGAAAGGAGAUUAAAGACAAUGCGUCCCAGCUACAACUGGGUCAUAUUAACACAGAUACGACUGUAUAUACGGCGGAUACUGCAAAUAUCCAAAAUAGUUUCUCUCGUUUUGAUGAAAUAACAAUAGAAGAAUUGUUACGUGUAAAUGGAAUAAAACAAACAACAUGUUUACUUGACCCACUUCCUGGGAAACUUAUCAAGCAGCUUUUUGUAUUAUUAGGUCCAUCAGUGCUAAAUAUUAGAAACCUAUCACUUUCCUCGGCACUGUUCCCUUAGCAUUCAAAAAAGCGGUUAUUCAUCCUCUCAUUAAAAGACCUAACCUCGAUCCUGACCUCAUGGUAAACUACCAACCGGUAUCUCACCUUCCCUUUGUUUCGAAAAUCCUCGAAAAAAUUGUUGCAGAGCAGCUAAAUGAACACUUAGCGUUUAACAAUCUAUGUGAAACCUUUCAAUCCGGUUUCAGGGCAAAUCACUCUACUGAGACAGCCCUCGCAAAAAUGACUAAUGUUCUAUUGCUAACGAUGGAUUCCGAUGCGUCAUCUAUGUUGCUGCUCCUCGAUAUUAGCGCUGCUUUCGAUACCGUCGAUCAUAAUAUUUUAUUAGAGCAUAUCAAAACACGAAUUGGUAUGUCAGACUUAGCCCUGUCUUGGUUUAACUCUUAUCUUACUGACAGGGUGCAGUGCGUCUCCCAUAACAGUGUGACCUCGGACUAUGUUAAGGUAACGUGUGGAGUUCCCCAGGGUUCGGUCCUUGGCCCUGCACUCUUCAGCAUCUACAUGCUGCCGCCAGUGGCGGAGCUAGACUUUUAUCCUUGGGGUGGCCAGGGGGUGGCCAAGGCUAUUUCAGGGGGUCCACAGACAAUAACAAUAAUUUUUUUUCUUGACUUAUCAAUUGCAAUCGGAGCGGCAAAUGUUGAAAUGUACAUACUAAGCACACAGGACAUGAGAUUUAUGUAUAUAUAAUUUGCAGUUUAUUAACAAUGCAGAAAAUGUAAAAGACAACUUGGCAACUUAAUUACUGAACUGAGCAUGUGACUGUUUCUGUUUAUGCUCUGACCUGGCGAAGAUGGGCUGUGCUGUGUUGUGAGUUCUCUCUCCCGACUAGUUCCAGGAAGGGAGCUGCCAUCUUUUUCUUCUGUGUCUAAUGGAACUACAUUGUAUAAAAAUGAAAAUAUUAGUAAUUCGCAGACUUCUCAGUAAAAAAAAAAAUCUAAAAAAUAAUCCAAUAAUUUAUGACAUUUGAGAUGAGUAUAUGACGUGACUAAAUUAUGCAAUUCAUCAUGGAAAUCAUUUAUCAUUAUUGAAUUUGUAUGCCAUUAAGUCACCAAAUUAUUUCCAGAAGAUUGUAGAUAGGUAGUGUAUGCAAAAUAAUUAACCCACAAAUCUUAAGAUAACCCAGAUAAGUAUAAAUAUAUUUCCAUACAAUUGUUUCCAUCUUCCAUAUUACUACAGACCUGGAAAUGUAGAAAUUCCAAACUUUCCAUACUAGCGUAGGAACCCUGUAACUUCAAAUUACUUAAGUGAGCAUGUGACUGCUUCUAUGCUCUGACCUGGUGAUGAUGGGCUGUGUGCAUCACAUUCUCUCUCCUCCUGACUCGUCCCAGGAUGGGAGCUGCCAGGACUGCUGGCAGACCUGAAUCCUGGCUGUUUGUCUGCCUCAUCUUUUCCUGACCCUGACUUGCUUCUUUUUAAAAAGAGGUCAUAAAUCUUCUCCCCCUGCCUUUUCAUUCUCAACUGACCCUGCUAUGAAAAAAUAAGCCAGUCUUGUUAAUGUUACUCCAGGCAUCACUUAGAAUCAGACAGUGCUAUUAAAUCUCCACUUCAAGCCUAAAACAUGUCUGGGCAAAUAAACCACUGUACACCUAAGUUUAAUAUUCAGACUUUUCAGUUAGUUGACAGCAGGCUAACUACCGUGUGAACGUUACGUUACAACAGAGCAUGAAACAGCUAGCUGGCUGGCUGAUUCUCCGCUAGGUUCAUUCCCCUAGAACAGUGGUUCUCAACCUUUUUUUAGUGAUGUAUCCCCUGUGAACAUUUUUUUAAUUCAAGUACCCCCUAAUCAGAGCAAAGCAUUUUUGGUUAAAAAAAAAAUAGAUACAGAAGAAAAAUACAGCACUAUGUCAUCAGUUUCUGAUUUAUUAAAUUGUAUAAGAGUGCAAAAUAUUGCUCGUUUUUAGUGGCUUUUCUUGAACUAUUUGGGGAAAAAAAAGAUACAAAAAUAACUAAAAACUUGUUGAAAAAUAAACAAGUGUUCAAUUAUAAAUAAAUAUUUCUACACAUAGAAGUAAUCAUCAACUUAAAGUGCCCUCUUUGGGGAUUGUAAUAGAGAUCCAUCUGGAUUCAUGAACUUAAUUCUAAACAUUUAAAAAAAAAAAAAAAGAAAUCUUUAACAUCAAUAUUUAUGUAACAUGUCCACAAAAAAUGUAGCUGUCAACACUGAAUAUUGCAUUGCUGCAUUUCUUUUCACAGUUUAUGAACUUACAUUCAUAUUUUGUUGAAGUAUUAUUCAAUAAACAUAUUUAAAAAGGAUUUUUGAAUUGUUGCUAUUUUUAGAAUAUUUUCAAAAAAAUCUCACGUACCCCUUGGCAUACCUUCAAGUACCCCCAUUUGAGAACCACUGCUCUAGAAUCAUUGGAGAAACACGUAAAUAUAAAUAGCGACCCAAAUGAAUUAAACGAGACGUUAGCGGCUGUUGGAAGCAAGACGCCAUGAGAUGUAACAUUAACGUUUGCUUGAUGCUGUGGCUCUCUGCUUGUAGAAAAAAAAACUUCUAUCUACAAAAGUUAUUUCAAACAGUGACUCAUUAGGACACCACCGUAAAACUUACUUUACGACGAGAAGGUUAUCCUUCUUUUUCUUUGUAACUUCGUUGAUCUCUGGCUCUCCGGUCUCCAGCAACGAUAAGCGACUCCAAUUUAAAUUUUCCUCUUCUUCAGUGGCGAUUCUUCUCCCCUAAUGAACGUGGCUCGCAAGGCUUUGUGGUACAUAGCGCCAACUACUGUACGGGAGAGACUUAGCAGUCAAUAGGCUUCACUGAUUUAAAAAUGCAACUGGCUCGUUCCGACAAGACGUGCGGUGCCGCGAUAUGUCAAUCGUCUGGGGUGGCACCUGGGGGGUCCAAUCAGAUUUCAGUGGGGUCCAGUGCUACCCUGGCCUCCCCUCUAGCUCCGCCCCUGGCUGCCGCUGGGUGACGUCAUACUCAAAUACGGUAUUAGCUUUCACUGUUAUGGUGAUGACACCCAACUCUACAUGCCCCUAAAGCUGACCAACACGCCGGACUGUAGUCAGUUGGAAGCGUGUCUUAAUAAAAUUAAACAAUGGAUGUCCGCUAACUUUUUGCAACUUAACACCAAAAAAACGGAAAUGCUAGACACCGACCUCUAUUUAAUAAUACAACUUUAACAUCUGACAACCAAAUAAUAAAACAAGGUGACUCGGUAAAAAAUCUGGGUAUUAUCUUCGACCCAACUCUCUCCUUUGAGUCACACAUUAAAAGCGUUACUAAAACGGCCUUCUUUCAUCUCCGUAAUAUCGCUAAAAUUCGCUCCAUUUCGUCCACUAAAGACGCCAAGAUCCUUAUCCAUGCGUUUGUUACGUCUCGUCUCGAUUAUUGUAACGUAUUAUUUACGGGUCUCCCCAUGUCUAGCAUUAAAAGAUUACAGUUGGUACAAAAUGCGGCUGCUAGACUUUUGACAAGAACAAGAAAGUUUGAUCAUAUUACACCUAUACUGGUUCACCUGCACUGGCUUCCUGUGCACUUAAGAUGUGACUUUAAGGUUUUACUACUUACGUAUAAAAUACUACACGGUCUAGCUCCAUCCUAUCUUGCCAAUUGUAUUGUACCAUUUGUCCCGGCAAGAAAUCUGCGUUCAAAAGACUCCGGCUUAUUAGUGAUUCCUAAAGCCCAAAAAAAGUCUGCGGGCCAUAGAACGUUUUCCGUUCGGGCUCCAGUACUCUGGAAUGCCCUCCCGGUAACAGUUCGAGAUGCUACCUCAGUAGAAGCAUUUAAGUCUCACCUUAAAACUCAUCUGUAUACUCUAGCCUUUAAAUAGACCUCCUUUUUAGACCAGUUGAUCUGCCGCUUCUUUUCUUUUUCUCCUAUGUCCCCCCCUCCCUUGUGGAGGGGGUCCGGUCCGAUGACCAUGGAUGAAGUACUGGCUGUCCAGAGUCGAGACCCAGGAUGGACCGCUCGCCUGUAUCGGUUGGGGACAUCUCUAUGCUCCUGAUCCACCUCCGCUUGAGAUGGUUUCCUGUGGACGGGACUCUCGCUGCUGUCUUGGAUCCGCUUUGAACUGAACUCUCGCGGCUGUGUUGGAGCCACUAUGGAUUGAAUUUCACAGUAUCAUGUUAGACCCGCUCGACAUCCAUUGCUUUCGGUCCCCUAGAGGGGGGGGGGGUGGUUGUGUUGCCCACUUCUGAGGUCCUCUCCAAGGUUUCUCAUAGUCAGCAUUGUCACUGGCGUCCCACUGGAUGUGAAUUCUCCCUGCCCACUGGGUGUGAGUUUUCAUUGCCCUUUUGUGGGUUCUUCCGAGGAUGUCGUAGUCGUAAUGGUUUGUACAGUCCUUUGAGACAUUUGUGAUUUAGGGCUAUAUAAAUAAACAUUGAUUGAUUGAUGAUUUGUGGAUAAAACCAACACCCUCAAUAUUGUGUUUUAAAAAUGUUUUAUGUUUAUCCAUCUAUCCAUCCAUUUUGUACAUCGUAUUCCCUUUUGGGGUGCGGGGGGCGCUGGCGCCUAUCUCAGCUACAAUCGGGAUGAAGGCGGGGUACACCCUGGACAAGUCGCCACCUCAUUUAACAUUCCCAAAACAAUAUCAAUUUCAUAAAACAAGAUUGGAGUGUUAGGCAAACCCAAUAUAGCACAUCAUCCCACAGAGAUUUACUUUGCAUACAUUCCUAAAAAAUAAACUGUUCAUUUUGUUUCUCUAUCACAGAACGAACAAGUGUUGUCAUAAAUUGCAAAACAACAUCCUAAAAUUAUUUUAAGUGGUCAAUUCUGUUUUUAUUGGGUGUGUGUGUGUUUUUAUGAACACUUUUGUCUUUGAAAGAAUGGAACCUUUAAAGUAAUGAGUAUUGUUUGUUUUGUUCCAGAGAAAAUACAGCAAUUAAGAAAAAGUAAAGAAUUGUCUAAUUUAGAGUUUCAAAUUUCUAACAAUGUGUCCAUCGACCAAAAAUCCCAAGAAAGGAUAUAAAAGAGUUCUGAAAAAAAUGACAUGCUGUAUUUAGAAUAUUUUGAACGAAAGCCUUUAAUAUUUGUUUAAAUAUUUUUGAUCUAUUUGCAGUUCGUACUUAAUGAAAUCUUUAAAAAUUACAAUACUUUUAUCACUCAAUAAGUGCUUUUUCAAACCAUUAGGGUUGCCAGCACCCAGACUUUGAAAUAAGGGACAUCUCGCAAGCGGUUGGAACAUUUUUGUGUCCCUUAUAAAAUUUGUGUGUCCCCUAUUUCAGUCCAUUCAUGAAAAAAUGCUUAGAAAAUGCUUUAAAAACACCAACAUGCUUAGAAAAAUUAACUUUACACCUCCACUAGACCACUGUUGCACUUUAAGUCCUAUUCAUACCAUAAUCACAAGAUAAUUGUAUUCUUCAACCAUACAUUUAUUUUUUCAAAGUGUGCAAAACAUAGAGGGAAAAAAAACAAUUGGGAUGGGUGCUGGAUCAAAAAAGGAACACUUACAAGAACAAGAAAGAAAGAAAGGUCCGCACACACCGCCACAGCAGUGUGAAAAAGAGCGCUUGCUCGAAACGUCAUACUUAAAUUAAAUAAAUCCUGAUUAAUUUAAAAUGUGCAAAACAGAACAUUUGCUAUUUCUUCAAAAACAUUUGCCUUUAAACAGCUGGCACACAAGGACCAAACAGAAAGGUUGACGAUAUGGAUGUUAACAAUGUCCAUGUGAAUGUCCAUACAAGACGGAAGUCAAUGCCUGUAAAUGUCCUUCCUGGAGUGUUAGGGCCAGGGGACGUCCUGGUGACACUCCUGAUUGAUAAUAAAGAAAAGAAAAACAAUAGGAAAAAC